AUGCGAGAAGAAAAUAGGUUCUCCACCGUGGGGGUGGGGGUCCCCGAGGAUCGAACUCAGUUACUAAGGCUUGGCAGGAAACGCCCGUACUCGCUGAGCCCUCUCAUCGGCCCAAACUACUAUUUUGACAUUCACCAAUUCAAACGUAAAACGACGGAUCGGACUCGUUCCCCGCUGCUUCAGAGGCUGGGUGAUGGUGGCUGCGACCAAACUACGGGGGCGGAGCCUGAGCGCCGGAGCGAAGGCGUGGUGCGCUGUCCAAUGAGCACGCGCGGAUCGGCUCCCUCGCGGGAUCUGGGUUUCUUACCCCGCCCCCUCAGGGAUUUGAUUGGGCGGCUGGCCCGGGUGCUCCGCCUUCGUAGAGCGGUGACGGUCACAGCCAGGCGCAGCCGGGACCCGGACAUUUACAGGCCAGUGAAUGGUGAGUUCAGGGUCUCGAGAUCCGAUACGGGCGGAGGAGCUGUUGGAACCGGCUGGGACAGGACUCGCGCUAGCAAGGCGUCUGCGCCACGGACGCCUCCGGUUCCGCUUGGCUGGCUGGUUCACUUUCGAUUCGGCCGGGUUCUCCUCUGCCCUGUUCGGCUUGGUCCGGUUCUCUCCGGCUUGGCUCGGUUCUCUCCGGCUUGGCUCGGUUCUCUCCGACCCGGCCAUCGCUACCCUCGGUCAGCCAGAGACUGCAGCGGGACCCGGGUGCCCCUUCGCGUCCCCGAGGCGACUGGGCCCAGGGCUGGCGCUGUCUUCACUCUGUGCAUUGACGACGGGCGGCUCGUGACGAGGCUCCGGGUUCCGGUGCUGGUCCCCAGCCGGUCCUCGUCGUACGGGAAGCCUCCACUCAGGUGUCUGAAGUGAAUCUGGAUUUGUAGGUCUCAUUCCGCUUCCUCGGUUCGAGAAAACACUAUCAGUCCACCUGUCCUUCAUUCUGCUUUUCGAAUUUCUUAGUUCCCAAAGAAAUGGAUGACACUUGAGUGUUUUGAAGGUUUGUUUUCUAGUCGGGCGUGGUGGCUUGGGAAGACUGAUGCAAGAGGAUCCCAAUGUUUGAGGCCAGACUGCAAGUGACAGCAAUCCUCCUGCCUUUAACCUGCUCAGUACUGUACAGGCUGUUUCCCCUUCUUUUCCUUUCCCUUCCCCUCAUCUUGUCAUCUUGCACUUUUCUCAUACAGUAAGGAAUCCUUUAGCCAGCGCUGCGAGGGACACGUGUGUUGUCUGCAGUCGCUGGUAACCGCUUCGUGUGGUGGUGGAUUGGAUCAGAACGAGGCUGAGGAGCCGUCACCCUCAGCCUGGGACCGCUGAAGUUUUUGUGUGCUCUUGGGAAGCAUGCCUGGAUGAAAGAGGAGUCCAGAGAAAGGGAAGAUAAGACAGGAGUGCACCAGCACAAGAACAUAACUUUGAAAACAACCGAGUUUUCUUGAACUGUAUACCUUCAGAAGGGAGGAGGAUGAUCCUGUCUCUGCCCACCCUGACUGUCCUCAUCCCGCUCAUCUCCCUGGCGGGCCUGUUCUACUCCGCCUCUGUGGAAGAAAACUUCCCAGAGGGCUGUACCAGCGCCAGCAGCCUGUGCUUCUACAGUUUGCUUCUGCCGGUCACCGUACCGGUGUACGUGUUCUUCCACCUGUGGACUUGGAUGGGCCUGAAGCUCUUCAGACAUAACUAGGGUAGCUGAGGCCCCGCUUGUGCACGGGGCAAGAGGCUCCUGGUUGUUGGGUUCUGCCCUCAGGUGUUGCAGAUUCUCCUGUUAGUGCUGUAGCUGAAAAACACUUACAAUAAAUAUGUCCCAAGGGAGAGGAACAUGA